CGACCCUCCUCUAGGUCAGAUCGCUCGCUGCCACUGUCAAGGCCACGUGCUUUCCCCGGCUCUCCGUUACUGCGCCGGUGUGGCUUCUUGGUCGUCCGUUAUAAGAAGAAAGAUUGACUAGAAUAGUGAACCUGGUUUCUGAACAGAGUGCUGCAGUGCUCCAUCUGAGUGAAAUAUGUAAUGCUAAUCCACUGUGUAUAUUGCACUGAGCAGUGAACACAGCAGAAAUGGGGCUGUUAAAACAAUUAGUGAUUACUGUGCUGGUGAUUGGCGUGUCGUCCACUAACACCGAGCAGCCUCCUGAAACCACCGUCAGUUCAACUCCUACACCAACUCCUUCCUCCAGUCUUCCUGUGAUAUCGUCCUCAACCAUCGAACCUCCAGCCGAUAUCAAGGAGCCGAGUGAGGCCCCUGUGGUGCCGAGUGCGUCGAUCAGACAAGUGGAGACUCCAGCCGUGGUUGAAGAGGUCCCUUCUAACUGGUCAGAUGACUUGUCCACGCCCGAGGACGAAGUGUAUAACGAAGAAUAUGUAGAUGAUCAUGAAUAUGCUGAAUACCCAGGAUACUAUUAUUAUGAUGAAGAAUACGUCUACGAGGACUACGAGACGUAUAAUGGUAACGACACUGAGUUCCCCACAGAGGAGGACUUCCAGAAAAAUGUUCCUGCAUCUCUCCACGAUGACAAGGAGCUCAUCAUCAGUAGAGAUAAUGUGGUACCUAUAAUAAAAACACUAGUUCUAGCAUGCACUGGCAAGCAGAAUCCCACUUACGCUGAGUUGCUGAAGGCUGGAGGCCUGACGGCUUUUAAGACGAGUCUCAAGCACCUCGGAGACGAGAAACUGGGAGUCAACCUUCUCACGCUAGCGAAGAAACUCACAUCAGUAUUAGACAACGACGAAAGCGAGAAAGAUGCAGAGGAAGAAUUCUUGAGUGAAAUGGCUCAGGAAUUCCUUGGAUCUCAUCGCUUCAAGUUAGUACUUCCGGAGAGUAUUUUGCUGCAUGAAGAGGAGCUUAAGGAACUGCUGGCCAAGCGCAUGGAGGAAUCCGAAGUGGAAGGGCGCUCAGCCACCAGCGAGGAGAGUCAGCUGACGAUCUUCAUGCCUCGUUCAGACCCUGGCGUCACCACUUUGUUCUCCUUCAGCCCUGCUUGGGUAGCACUGUUAACGGGCUUGCUGUCUAUCCCCUACUUCAUGUCUGACGACUCGCCACCACCCGUGGCCCGCGCUGACCGGCUGCGCCAUCCCUUCCGUCAGCUGCGUCCCCCCAGCUUGCCUCCUGCUCUCCAACACCAGCAGCUGCGAAGGGAUCAAACUGACGGUCCGCCACAAAACCAGCCAUUAGAUGAAGAAUUCUUGGAGUACAAGAAAAAAUAUGCUCAGUGGUACCACCAGUGGUAUCUGAAGCAUAAAGAAUACUACGACAAGAACUAUCCAUUCAACCCACAAGGUCAAACUCGAGUCCGUCCUCCACCAGUCGGGCAUCCACCACCCGUCAAGCAUGCAAAACUCCCAGGAGGCCCCAGGGUACCACCUACCCCUCGUCGGAAGCCUAAACCUCCUCCACAGAGACGUCGCAAACCAGCUAUACAGAACACUCCGCCACAAAGGGGGCCUCCAAAGCUCCGCAGGGUUCGUCCAGGACGCCUGCCCCCUAAGCGCCUGCCUCCCCCAACCCGUCCUCAAGCAGAAGGAUUCCGUGAUGCAGACCACAGCCCAGUGAACGAUGUUACAAAGAUCCACCCGAAUACAUUUGGAACAUUCCAGAGCGAGGGUAACCACGGAGACUCUCACUUCCGGGUGUUCCACGGUCAAGAAGGCCCCACCCCAGCAAGUGUGCCAGUGCCAGUGCCAGUGCCAGUGCCCUCAAAGGUUCCCAGCCCACAGCCAGUAUACAUUCCAACAACAAAUGCUCCCCCAACCACGGAGACUGGUUUUAAGCCCAUCAUCAAGCCAGACGCUCCUGUGUCAGACGACGCGCCUCUAGUGCGGACUCAGACAGUUAGCGAGUCAGUCCUUGUACCUAAACAGGUGAAGCCGAACUUCAGGCCGCCGAAGCAAGAUGACCUAUUAGUGAAGGACAAGCCGACCCCUGGGCCUAAAAAGACUCCAGUAACAGUGCCGGAGCUCGCCCCCGGUGGCUUCAAGCCCAUUCCUUGGCUGACCGGCGUUUCCCCCGAGACCACUACACGCAGGGUAUCCAGCGUCACCUCUGGCGUAUUCAAAACAACGCCUGAAAAUGUUCCGACGGAGCCCACCACCCCUCGACCGGCAGUUUUCGUGAGGACGGAGAAGAGUGUGAGAGUGGUGACGUCAUCAUCCGUUGUCGCUCCCCAAGCUCACCAGGCUCCUGUGAAGCAGGUGCCGAGAAAACAGAGUCGUCACCAGGAGUCACAAUCAUUUCCUCACAGUCUGCAGGUGACUGCGAGUUUGCAGGCUGAGGAGAGCAAACCGACUGCCAUCGUAGAGGCCGUGCCUGUUGGACCACAGUUCUUGAGGAGCCACCAUCCGCCACCUGCUGUCGCCCCUGGACCCAAUGUUCUCAGCCGAGGCAGCGUCAGAACCAAUGUCCCCACUAACAUAAGGGUAGUGGACCACCGUCGGCCUCAGGGCUUUGGACUUGGACCUAAACCAAGCGAAGUGAUCGCACCAUCAACCACCACCACCACCACCACCACUACCACUACAAGCACCACUCAAGCUCCCCUCUCCACACCCACUACCGUUCCCGUCUUUGCUUUGGAUCCCUUCUACGGAUCCAGACUCUCCCGCAUCGACGUCAUCUUCCACCAGCUCAAGGUCGAAGGAGAAGGGUGCAGGGAGCAGGUGGUGUGCAACAUCUACAAGAAUCCAGAAGCCUUCACACCCUUCAGUGACUUCCUCUCCCGCCAACUGACAGUAACUCUGGAGGAGCUGAGAAGGCCUAAGGUGUCUGAUGAGAGGAUCCUGCGGUUCUUCCGCUACCUAAAGGCAGCGCGAGAUGGCCAGGACGGUGGAGAGUGUCUUGUCCUGUACUCAGAUUGCGCCCAGGACACCAACGCGCUCUCCCACCAGCCCAUCCUAAACACUUACCAGAAAGUGUCUCGUCUUAUGGAUGUGUCCUCUAGCUAGAGAGAGGUUUGCAGUCCCGACCCUCUAUGUGAACUUCUAGGCUAGUGUGCUACAGACAUUGAAAAAAGUUCGUUCUGAUGGUGAUAUAUUCCCAUGAUUUUGAAUCACAGAGACAAAGGACACAACCACUGACCAGUCUGUCAGAGGUAACAAACAAAAAGGCAUUUUUGAAAACUUAUUUCUUACCCACUCUGGGUGGGAGAAGGAUAUUUAAGUUUGGUGACAAAGAUUCCCCCUCAUUGCUUCAUGGUGUAAGAAAUGUGCACGCAGUCUGUUGUCUUCUAUGUAGGUGAUGAGGAAAAACUUCUCUAAAAAUGACGGACGUAUUAGGCGAAGAGAGAAAAUUGGGAUCACCCAGUCAGUAAGGUUCGCCAGUUCAAUGACUCCAGAAGGUCAAAGUGACUACCAGUUUUUUGUUCCCCUGACCCAGAGAAGCGCAGCUGGUCUUGGGAUGCUACCUGGCGCUCCCAUUCAGCUCGUAACAUUUAGCAAGUCUUGCUGGUUGUUUUCAGUCUCACUUCAUCCGCUGUCAUGAUUCCUGGCAUUAAGUAAUACUCAAGCUUGUGACGUACGGUUCAAUGCACAGUUUGAGAUAGAAAAUAUAUCUUUUUCGAGUAGCGAAAUGUGAAUCUUAUCUUAGUAUUGCUGAAAAGAGAGGAGAGGUACAAAGACUGUCACCUCCGCAAUGAAAAACAACACAAAGUCAUCAUCGCACACUGACGCUUACAUAUACAAGCUGCUGUUAUAUUUGUUCCUUGUAUUAGGCGCCAGUGUAGAUAGCCUUGCGUGUGACAAGUGUUGUGUUGCUACGCUCACGUUCCAAAGUCUUGACAUCGUUUAGAAGAUAAACAUUUAGUAUUCUCUUCCUCUCCCUGUCACCUCCAUUCCUGGCGGCUGACCUGGCACGUUGGUCUUCGGUGCCUUUUGCCAAAUCUGCUCAGUGUUGCUUGCUCCAUGUUUACUUGCUUUCUCUGGCACGUCCUUCCCCCACACACACACACACACACACACACACACACACACACACACACACACACACACACACACACACACAUGCACGCACACAUAUAUACCGUCGCAUCACAAGGCCAGACAUGACCUUGAUAACUCAGGUUUUUCUCUCUCUCUGUGUUUCAUGUUACUCUUGCGACGCUGGCAACCAUGUCUCACUUCUUCCCUAGUUGUAAUGUUUUCGCUCUCAUACUUUGAUCACCUCCUUGUUUACCGUCUAAGUUAUUUAUAUAUUUAUUGAUUUAUUUAUGUCUAAUUUAAGUGAGAAGGAAAAGGUUAAUCGUGUUCUGUGGUUACAUAACACAAGGACGUGAAUUCAUGGAUAAGAGUUUCAUACGUUAUUCAAUAAAGUUACGAGUGUGUGAA